GAAAAAGAAAAAAAAAAUAUAAAGUCCAACGGUUUAUUAUAGAUUUGAAAGUGUUUUGAAAACACAUUAUUUAUUAUAUCGUGUUUUCAACCUUUCUUCUUUCUUCAUCUUUACAUCUCUUUUUUAGAACAAAUUUUUUCAAAAAAAAAAAAAAUUGCCUUAUUAAUUUUUUGUUUGCCUUUAAAUUCUUUACAUCUUCUCUCUUUUUAAGAUUAUAUUUUACGUUUUGUUGAAUAAAUUAUUUAUAUAAUUAUAUACAAAAUGGGGGAUGACAUAGAGUUCUCUUUCGACGAAACGUUCGAAGUCGAUUCUGAUCAUGCAAUUUCCAGGUCAAACUCUUUUAAACUUAAAAAAGCUGAUAGUCAACGAAGAAAAGAGAAACGACGUUCAAAGCUUUGGUAUGAAAAGACUACUAAUUCUGCCGCUCAGAGCGACAGUGAAGCUAGUAAUGGCGCGCAAGAAACAAUUCCAACAGCCAUUGUUAUAAAAAAUAUUCCAUUCUCCAUAAAACGAGAUGCAUUAUUAGCUACUCUUAAUACCCUCGAUAUACCUAAACCAUAUGCGUUUAAUUACCAUUUCGAUAAUGGUGUUUUUAGAGGAUUAGCUUUUGCUAAUUACCGAACGCCAGAAGAUACAGAUCUUGUGGUAUCCGCAUUAAAUGGUUAUGAGGUUGCUGGUAGAAAACUUAGAGUUGAAUAUAAACGUGUUUUACCAGCUGCAGAAAGAGAAGCUAAAGAAAGAGAAAAGUUAGAAAAACAAAAAGCUGAUAAAGAGAAGGUUGAUCAAGAACCGCUAUUGAUUAAAACCGACAAUGAUUUUCUCGAUAAACCAAAAAUAGAUAAAAGCGAUAAUGGAAGGAACGACAAAGAAAAAAGAGAUUCUACGAUAAAGAGUCCUGCACCAGAUCAACUUGAUCUUAAUGAUCCAGAAACACUAAAAUUCUAUGAUCAAGUAAUCAUCUUUCGUGAUGACAAAUCACGUGAAGAAUUGGUAUUUUCAAAAACUCUCUCAAGUGCGCAUCGACGUACAUUACAAUUAAUUGCUCAAAAACUUCAAUUAUAUUAUUACAAUGAGGGUGAUGGUGAAGAUAAAGUUUUGAGAAUUGUUCGCAAACCAGCAUCUGCAGCUAUAAACAUAAAGACACCUAGAAAUGGUUCAUUUGGUAAACGUGCGGCUGCGCAAUUAUUAGCAAGCUCAGGUUUAUCAGAAAGUCCUUCAAAUAGAUCUAUAAGAGGUGAUGCUUCCCCACUGUCGCGAUCACCUUUUAGAAGAUCAUGGCUCAAUGACGGUGGUACAAUAGUAUUUCCGAUUAGACAACCUAGAGGACCAGAUCCCUCUCAGAAUUUUGCUUAUCGUCCAACUCGACUACACGCAUCUGCCAUUCCGUUUGCCGUAACAGAUGAUGAUGUAUCGACGACAAAUUUUACUGAGCAUACUGAGAAUAGGUCCGGAUUAUUUGAUGUGCAUGCACCCCCUUUCCAAUCGAUUGCAUCAUAGUUGUAUAAAACAAUCUUUUGAAAUGACACGACUUGUUAUUAAAGAUAUUAUAACUAAUGUCAAUUAUAUUGGAAAUUAAAAACUGUAUGCAUAUUAAUAUUAUUAUUCUUUUUAGCACACAAUUGUUAUGACUUAACUUAUGUUUGCAAUGAAUUAUUUUAUUUUAUUUUUUUUUUUUAUUUUUCUCUUAUUUCAUCUCUUUUUUUUUUUUU